GUUUUUCGCGAGGGAGGUUUCAACGUUUCCUUCGAUCGGUCUAUUCGACGUAUCGCGAUUACGAACUCGAUCCGCGUCCCACCGUUUGGGUACAAACUCAUCGACUAUCGGGCUCUCGGUCGUUUCCCUUUCGAAUGCCUGCCGCGAGUCGAUAUAUUAUUUUCGCUUAAAGGCAACAACGGAAAUUCGGUGAUCGUUAGUUUUUUUUGUUUACGUGGAUGCCGAUCGUUGCAAGUGAACGCGCGAUGUCCAAGUUUGUUGGUCCUUGGUGAAGUUCUUCACGUUACCGGGAAGACGACGGAACAAAGUUGUGGACGAAAUCAUCGCGAGGAUCGAUGGAAGUAGUGCGCGAGAGUACGACAGGAACUCGAAAACGGCAGGGAAUAGAGAUGUCGAUCGGAGUUUCGAGUGACUGAGUAACGCGAGCAAGUGGCCUUCGGACAACCGAUGACAGCAGAUAGUAGCACGUGUUCGCGGCGUACUUUGGCCAGGACUUGAAUUCACCCUGAGAGAAUUUCUUCAAGAGGAUGUUGUGAAAAGUGUGCAAACAGCCGUGCAACGCUCGGAAUAUAAAUAACGUGGCUCCGUUGGGAAAGAAAGUCGAAGGAUUACCACCGUGACCCGGACAAGAGCGUCUGAGAUCCCGCGAGCCUCGCUCGAAGUACAAGACGUAAACGUCGUUAGGAUGGUUCGAGGGUGAAAUUGUCAAGAGACGCUCAUCAGUAUGCUGUGGAUAUUGAUCGCAGUGACGUGCAUCGAGCUAUCGACCUUUGCCAACGCACAGUCGAAAAAAACUACGUCUAUGCAAGAAGAUGCGAACAACACCGAACCAGAUCAUCCGAUACCCAUGGAGUCGAUACAGGGAGUGGCAGGGCAGAAAGCAACUUUGCCCUGUAAUAUACAACCCCGUGAGCCGAACGACGCCGUCUCUAUGGUACUCUGGUUUAAAGAGGACAGCGGCGAGCCUCUCUACAGCUACGACGCGAGAAACCGACAAUUUGGCAAAGCAAAGCUGUGGAGCGCCCCUCAUUUUUGGGGAGAGAGGGCGUCUUUUAGAGCAAGUCCGCCCGCUCAGCUGACUAUUCGAGAUCUACGGGAAAGCGACCAGGCAGUUUACAGGUGCAGGGUGGAUUUUCGCAACUCGCCAACCAGAAAUCUCAAGGUCAACUUCACCGUCAUCGUGCCGCCAGCUAAGCCGAUAAUCUACGACGCGAAGAGAAGAGACAUGAGCAAACUUCUCGAGGCCUAUCCCGAAGGAGCUGACCUGUUCCUUGUCUGCGAGGUUCACGGAGGUAAACCAAGACCCCGAGUCACGUGGUUUCUGGAGUCGCAGACAAUCGAUGCGCCGUCGGAGAUUCGGGAGACCCAAGGGCCAGGAGGCGAAACCAACGUCGUAACCAUAAGCAAUGUGACGCUGAAGGGUCUCACGAGAAGUCACUACCACGCCAAACUGUUCUGCAAAGCAAGCAAUACUCAUUUAGCACCGCCACCCACCACUGCCGUUAUCAUCGAACUUCACAUGAAACCAUUGAAAGUGGAAAUCAUGGGCAAAGACAAAAUCCUAUCAGCGGGGAAGAAAUACGAAACAAGAUGUCAGAGCACGGGAUCGAAACCACCGGCUGUUUUAACCUGGUGGAAGGCUUCUAAACAACUCAAGAGGACCAUUAAAAACUUUCAGGAAGAUGGAACAAGCGUCAGCGUGUUACAAUGGACACCGUCGAUCGAGGACGAAGGAAAAUUUCUCGUGUGCAGGGCAACGAAUCCAAAGUUGCAAGACGCCGGCAUUGAAGAACGAUGGAAGCUAAAAGUACACUUUGCCCCUGUCGUCGCUCUGAAGAUGGGCUCCUCGUUGAAUCCAAAGAACAUCAAGGAAGGCGACGACGUUUACUUCGAGUGCAACGUUAGGGCGAAUCCUAGAGCUUACAGAUUGACAUGGUUUCACGAGGAAGAAGAGCUCCAUUACAACGUCACCGCCGGCAUAGUACUCUCGGACCACUCUCUGGUACUUCAAAGUAUAACUCGAGAAUCCGCUGGAAGGUACACCUGCAUGGCCGUCAAUGUCGAGGGUCGUGCUAGUUCUAACGUAGUGAACCUCGAGGUUAUGUUCGCUCCUGUGUGCAAACACGUUUUAAACUCGGCUGGCUGGAGGUAUCAGAACGCAACGCCGCCACCUCUCAACGUUCCCGAAGAGGUUCACGGUGCCUUAAAGCACGAAACCAUCAGCUUAGUUUGCGAGGUUGACGCAAGCCCAACCUCCGUCUCCUUCCACUGGACGUUUAACAGCAGCGGUGAUCUCAGCGACAUUCCGUCCACAAAGUAUUCUAACGAAGGCACCUUGAGUAGACUCAAUUACACCCCAUCAUCCGAUAUGGAUUACGGGACAUUGGGUUGUUGGGCUAGCAACAUCGUGGGUCCCUCGAAACAACCAUGCAUCUACCAAGUGAUCGCAGCAGGCAGACCGUACCCGUUGCAAAACUGCACGGCGUACAAUCAGACCGGUUCACGGAUCAGAAUAUCUUGCGUGGAAGGAUACGACGGUGGUUUGCCGCAAAAAUUUGUCGCGAUUGUGGACAAGCAACGAUUGGAAUCGCCAAAUCCUUACUGGGAGUUGGAACUUCGCAAGCCAACGACGGUCGCUCUUUACGCGGUCAAUAUGAAGGGCUCCAGUGAUCCAGUAAUCAUGGAAGGAGAAGCUCUAAAAGGAGUGGCCAAGUUCACCGGCGAAUCGACAUCUUCGGUGGAUAUGUCACCAAUCCUGAUUGGCCUAGGAGGUACCGCAACCGGUUUGGGUCUAAUCGUGACCGGAGUAUUAAUGGCGCUUUGGAGGAAACACGCGGCCACUCCGGCAAAGCCAAAACCACCCCAACAACCGAGUAUCGCGACUUUUGCUACCAAAGGCGAAGAGGAAGAUGGGAAUCCUGAUCUCAUACCAACUACAGCCUUGACCAAUCAUUUCACAGAUAGGAAGCUUCUACAUUACGGCUCCUUACCGCGGAGGCCACGACAGCUAGAAGGCCGAGAAAUAUCCCACGAUGUUAUAGAAGACUCAGAUUAUCCUCGAGCAUCGCCGAACACAUUUUAUAGUCUUCAGAGGCCACAUCGAUAUUCGGAAACGGCAAUCAGAAGCGCCGUGAUCCAGGAAAGCUGCAUCUAAAAAUCGGCGAAGAAAGGAAACAGUGUUGUAAUUACAAGGAAAAGAGCAUAGUCACGGACUUGACACUUGACACACUCCGAAUAGGCUACGUUCUGUCGCAACACAUGAAAAUCAAAAAGACUAAAGCCAUGCUUAUGCAACAUUGUACACGUUUAAGCGUACGAAGAUAUUUAUUAGCUACUCGAUAACAGUAUGCCUUUGUAAAUAUUGUAUAUAAAUAAAACACAUCGAUUUCGUGUUA